ACAAUUCGGCAGUGCCAACCACACCGCCACCAUGUGUGCGUGUCGGCAGAAAAAAGCUUCGUUCUUCAUCGAAGAUAUACUGAGAGAUGCCAAGGCAUACAAGAACAUCAGCAGUGAACCGAAAGAACCGAAAGAGCCGCUCACGUGUUCUGCUCAAGAAGAACCAGUCCAACGCGCAGCUGAUAAUGCAAAACUAGAAUCUACUGGCUUCAACGACGCAGCUCGAUUUGAGAGAAUAGAGAAAGAGACACAAUUUAAUGUGAUUUGCGAGGUUGAAAAGGAACUAGAAUACGGCAAAACUUAUCUGGAACACAGAAGAAACACUUUCCCACUUUAUCCGACCGCGCUAAAACCAAACAUUCCUUGGCCGCCAUACAAAAAAGAUGCAGCAUUCGACAGGCAGUUCAGCUACUACAGUGACUCUAUGCUGAACUCGGACCAUAUACUGAGAAGUCAGCUAGCUGCUAACAGAUUUGUACCGCCUUAUGUCCCACAACCAUAUGGAUUUAAUAGAGUAUCCCCCGGGUGGAGUUCUUGGUGGGUGGGUGGCAGACGCAAGGGCGGGCAGGUGCGGUUCAGCGCAGGGCAAACUAGCGCACUCGAGCGCAGAUUCAGCGCUAGCAAAUACCUCAGUCCGGAUGAGCGGAGAGCACUGGCAGCCAGCUUACGACUCAGCGACAGACAGGUCAAAACAUGGUUCCAAAAUCGUCGUGCAAAAUGGCGUCGCAUGACUCCAGACUCAUCGGACGUCGGCAGCCCGGCCACAGAGGACAGUGACGACGACGUACACGUCACGGAUGGAAGUUGACUGCAAAAUUAAGGAAUGAACUUAUAGACAUUACACCACACGACAGAACUCAGCGUCUAAACAUGGAGUUGGAUACGCUACAUUAUUUCACCGGUGUAUGACAUUUCAAUCAGUUCCAUUCGUAAUGAAGUACAAUUAUAUCACUGGCCAUAA